UCUGCGGGAGAUUUGCGGUGUUCUGGAAACCGGAGGGUCUCCCUCCCCGACCUGUCGUAUCCUACGGGGUGGACGGCAGUGCCUCUUGACUUACCUCACCCGCUACCUCCGCUAUCCUUUACGAGACGCAGCUCCGAGGGCUGGAGGUAGAAAACCGUACAAAAAACGGCCAAGGGGACGCGUGCCAGCCCAUCCUCCACCCAGUUCCAGAGGCCCAAGAUGGGACGGAGGGAAGCAGCUGCCCAAGAUGCAGGCAGACCAGGAGAUGUCAUGGUGCAGAAGCAUCAGGGAAGCGAACCUUCUGAGCAAGACGCAUGCCAACUUCAGGCCUGACUGACCAUGACUUCCAUAAAGGAACAGGCAGCAAUUAGCCGGCUCUUGAGUUUCUUACAGGAUUGGGACAACGCCGGCAAAGUUGCAAGGAGUCACAUCCUUGAAAGUUUCAUCAAAGCCAACCAAGGCAAGACGGCUCCUGAACUGGAGCAAGAAUUUUCCCAGGGAGGCAGCUUGUUCCUGGUACGCUUGACCACCUGGCUUAGACUCAUCUAUAUGACUGGCUCCUGUUUAGAUAAGCUUCUAAAGUCUAUUGGCAUCUUCCUGUCUGCUGUGAGCAGUAAUCGGUACCUUAAAGAAUUUCUUGAGGUUGGAGGAGUCCUGACACUCUUGGAAAUACUUGGGAUGGAGAAGAUCAAGGAAGAGGACAAGAAGGAAUCCAUCAGGCUACUUCAGGUUAUUGCAAACACUGGCAGGAAGUACAAGGAGCUCAUCUGUGAAAGCUAUGGUGUACGAUCCAUAGCAGAGUUUUUGGCAAAGUCUAAAUCAGAAGAGACCCAGGAAGAAGUGCAGAUUCUGAUGGAUUCUUUGGUCCACGGUAAUCCCAAGUACCAGAAUCAAGUGUACAAAGGUCUAAUAGCUUUGCUGCCCUGUGCGUCCCCAAAAGCUCAGCAGCUGUCCCUGCAGACUCUCAGGACUGCGCAGUCUAUCAUUGGAACCACACACCCCAGCAUCGUGGACUGCAUGCUCAAGGUACUGCGCACGAUGCACCUGGAAGUCCAGUAUGAAGCCAUCGAGCUGAUCAAGGACCUGGUCAACUACGACGUGUGCCAGGCGCUGCUCAAGGGCCUCGUGGCGCUGCUGAUACCGUCGGUCAAGGAGACCAGCAAACUGCAGCCCAAGAUCCUCAACGACUCCUCGGUUCCCCAGUUCACCGCCCACCUGCCGGUGUUCCUGCAGCAGGCCGCGGCGGCCAAGGCCAUCGGGGUCCUGGCGCGCAGCAACACGAGCGUCGCGGAGGAGCUGCUGCACCUGCGCGUGGUGCACAGCCUGAUGGCCGCCAUGGGCAACACGGACCACAGCAACAGCCAGCGGCAGGCCAGCCUCACGCUCGAGUACUUGGUGCAGAUGUUCCCGGUGGUGGAGGAGCACGUGCGCAGGUCCAUGGGAGAGGGGCUCUAUCAGCUCUUCCUCGUGAGUGCUCCGCCCCCAGAGCGGGAACCGAGCGGGAACCCCGCGGGACCCCUGCCGCCGCCGCCACCACGGCGCCCCCAGCCCCGGAGGGGGCCGGGUGGCCUCGCCCCGGGCUGCGGCCCCUCCCUAGCCAACCCCUCCCCCGGCCUUCUUCUCCCCAGCCCCGCCCUACCCCGUCCCGCCCCGUCCCUCCUCCCAGCCCCGCCCCCGCAUCCCGGACACGCCCCCUCGUCGCCCCGCCCACUCCUCCUCAGCCCCGCCCCCGCGCCCCCCGCAGCCCAGGAGCCCCCACAGCCUCGGGCCCCUGGCUCCCGUCCUCAGAGCAAUGCCGGGGACUUGUACAUGAAAAUAGACAGCUUUCAGGCGGACAUCUUAGCGGCCAACAAAGUCAACGUCUCCAAAGGUGAGUGGGGAGCGAGGGGACCCGGCGCCAGGAGCUGCGGCCCCCCAGGCGCGGCCCCCCAGGCGCGGCCCCCCAGGCUCAGCCCCGCGCCCCGCCCCCAGCGUUGUGCUUCAGCGGCGUCUCCCACUGCAACGCGAGCUUUUACCGCGGCGCUCACGAGCCCGAGAAGCCGGCUUACAUCACCUACUUCCAGAAGGAAGAUACGGAAGGAAAGGAGUGACGGAGCCUUGCAGGCCUUCCGGAAGGGCCGGGGCUGCGGUGCAGGGAGCCCGGCAGGCGGGCCCUGGGUCACGCUCACCGCGACUCCACCGGCCCCAGGCGGGAGGCUGCGGGGGGCGAGGGGGAGCUGCCGGCUGGCGAGGACUCAAUAAAUAGUCUUGCUGUC